CUUGUGUCGAUUGUGUUACUGAAUGACAGCUAGGCUAACGACUAGAUUCGAUCCAGCAACAGCCUAGAUUAUCAAUUUCCUCUUGUUUAGACCUCAAUACGAAGGUCAAGAUGUUUGAGGAGGCUAGUGAGGUGUUCGAUAACAUGUUUAAGUACUCUUUCCCCCUGACUUUCAUUGUGUUUAUCCCUGCGGUGCUGAUUCUCGUCUCACCCCUUCCAGCUGAAGCGGCACAUGAAUUCACCGUGUACCGCAUGCAGCAGUAUGACCUGCAGGGACAACCGUACGGUAAGCAUUUAAAAAUUGUAUUUUGUGCAUUUAUUGAAUGGCAAUUCAGUCCUGUGGUUAGCUACCCCGAUAUAAGGCAUAGUUAUUUCCCUAAGUAAACGCUCUCUGUUAGCGCGCUAGCUAACGUUAGCGCGCUAGCUAGCUAACAAGUGUCAAUAGUGUGUGAUUGCGGCCCGCAAUUCGGGGGUCUGAGUGUGGGCAUCCCCCCCGAGCAUCCCAUUGGUUCCUGCAUGUGGGCGCAGCUGGAGGAAUAUCCCCCUUCCAGCAAGCCAUCUUCAUGCUCCUUUGAGAUUAGAUUUUCUGGAUUUCCCCUGAUUGUCUAUGCAAUUAAAAUAUGGGUCAAAAGGGAAAUAAAAUUAUUAUUUUUCGUUUAGGAUAUGCCAUCAUUGUAGUAUAAUUAAUGUGCAAUGUUUUAACUUCAAAUUGAUGUGUAAUCUGUUGAUGCGUUGGAUAGCAGAUGUAACAGAUAUACUAGCUCUCUAAUUAGGUGGGAUUCUGCCUUCUCCCUAAAUUCUCAGCCAUGAGUUUUGCCCAACAACUGCCUCAUGUGAACUACAAUCUCGACGAUGUGUUUUAACGUUUAGAAAUGUCAACAAUCAUCGCUUUUCGAUACGACUUUCGUAACAUAUGGCCCUUCUCGUUCAUCAGCGAGAAAGAAUCCUUCAAAUAAAAAAGAUACACUUACUGUAGUCGUUUUGCACAGAUCCAUACAGCUAUGGGUGCCUCCAUCAGAUGAAACUAUAUUUCCCUAGUUACGCUUACACACGUGUUUGGAGCCCUGUCAAUGUGUGUAUCAAUUCAAUUUAACCUUUUGUUUUUAGAAAAUUAUUAUUUGAAAGAUAAGGUCCUUAUGCUUCCAAAACCGUACCGCAAGCGAUGCAUGUUAAUGUUCAGACCGAGAUUCGGGGAUCUUAACAAAAUUCCCACCGACAGAAGACGCCUCCGUCCAAUGACUCUUAUGUGUGAUGGAACUGAGAGUCAUGAUCAAGGGCUACAGAUAUACCAGCCACCCUAACCCUCUCUUUAUCAAAGCUGUGAGGAAGUGAUGUAAUAAAAAAAAACAGACACAGAUGCCCUAGCAGUAACUUUAACAGAACUGGCGGGGGCGCUCUAGUACAGUAGAUGGCGGUAAUGCACCAUAACGUUGGAUGCCAACCACCGAUAAACCCCACAGAAGAAGAGGCGGGGGCGAACACCGCUAGCUAGCUAGGACACUGGUAGACAGUGUCCUUCUGCCCGCCUGCUGAGCACUCAUUUCCCACCUUUCUGUUAACGUUACGGCGAGGGCAGGUGCUUGGCAGGCGGGGUCGAAGGACACUGUGCUAGCUAGGACUCCAGUACACAGGCGGGAGGCGGGAGCGACACCGGUAGCUAGCUAGGACAACGGGAGACAAACUGAAGAUUAUGAUUAGUUGAUUAUUGGAGUCAGGUGUGCUAGCUGGGGCUGUGGCAAACGUGACACCAAUCAGACCCCCAAGGACUGGAGUUGCCCAUCCUUAUUUGCAGAAAAUGACAACUGGUCAAAAUAACAACAAAUAUGCAGUGUUGUCAGACCUCGAAUAAUGCAAAGAAAAUAAGUUCAUGUUCAUUUUUAAACAACACAAUACUAAUGUUUUAACUUAGGAAGAGUUCAGAAAUCAAUAUUUGGUGGAACAACCCUGAUUUUCAAUCACAGCUUUCAUGCGUCUUGGCAUGCUCUCCACCAGUCUUUCACAUUGUUGUUGGGUGACUUUAUGCCACUCCUGGCGCAAAAUUUCAAGCAGCUCGGCUUUGUUUGAUGGCUUGUGACCAUCCAUCUUCCUCUUGAUCACAUUCCAGAAGUUUUCAAUGGGGUUCAGGUCUGGAGAUUGGGCUGGCCAUGACAGGGUCUUGAUCUGGUGGUCCUCCAUCCACACCUUGAUUGACCUGGCUGUGUGGCAUGGCGCAUUGUCCUGCUGGAAAAACCAAUCCUCAGAGUUGGGGAACAAUGUCAGAGCAAAAGGAAGCAAGUUUUCUUCCAGGACAACCUUGUACGUGGCUUGAUUCAUGCGUCCUUCACAAAGACAAAUCUGCCCGAUUCCAGCCUUGCUGAAGGACCCCCAGAUCAUCACCGAUCCUCCACCAAAUUUCACAGUGGGUGCGAGACACUGUGGCUUGUAGGCCUCUCCAGGUCUCUGUCUAACCAUUAGACGACCAGGUGUUGGGCAAAGCUGAAAAUUGGACUCAUCAGAGAAGAUGACCUUACUCCAGUCCUCUACGGUCCAAUCCUUAUGGUCUUUUGCAAACCUCAGCCUGGCUCUUCUUUGCUUCUCAUUGAUGAAGGGCUUUUUUUCUAGCUUUGCACGACUUCAGCCCUGCCCAUAGGAGCCCUCUGCCGGUCUGUAGCUUUGUUGUCCCCAAUGUCUGCUGCUUGACCUUGUUCUUAUGAACCGCCGUCUUUUUACAUUUUAAGGAUGGAAGCAACCUGACGCUCACUGUAUCCCUCUCCCAGUAAAGCCAGAAUUGAACCCUUCUUUUCCUCACUCAAAACUUUCCUUUUCAACUCUUUUGGCAUGGUCAAUAGUUAUUUUAUGAUUAAUAUUACUUUUGAGGUACUAUUAGCACUGUUUUUGCCAUCCAGCUGGUCCUAUUGCAAGAGGAUAGUGAUGACCACAGCAGUGGUUUUUAUAAUUAUAACUAAUCAGUACCUAAUUCAGUUGAAUGAGGUGUGCCUGUGUUGGAAUUCAACAGACACUGGAAUGGAAUGGCUGUCAUACAUGUAGAGAUGCUGAUUUAAGAAAAAUGUGUAGUGGUCUCUUAAUUUUUUCCACAGCUGUAUAAUUGUAGUAUGCCCAAUAAUAUCUUAAAAUGUUCAUAGUGAUGUAGAAUACACAAUCAAAUGAGCCAGGUGUGCCAGAUAGGUAAAGACGAUAAAUUAUUCACAGAAUUGUUGUAAGAAUGUGCCCAAAAAGCUGUCCGACUCGCUAAUUUCUGAAUACAAAUUAUAAUUGAGACAUCCAUGUCUUCAUCACUGGAAAAGAUAAACAGUUGAGUUUGAUAUCAUUUAAAAGAUUACAAACAGGGUUGUCAAAAAAAGUAAUAAUUUCAGGAUAAAAAAUAACUUUUUAUUUUUUAUUUUUUUACCUUUAACGUCAAUUAUCUAAAAACGCAUAAACUCAGAUUUUUUUAUGGCAUUGUGUCCAGUAUGAAGGUAAUCAUCUGACUCCGGGGAAGUAAAUAAAGGGUCUCCUUGCCAAAAUCCGGAAGUAUCCCUUUAAAACAACUGAUAUUCCCAUUCAAGUCAUCAUUCUCUAAUGUGUGGAUGUCCAACAAUUUUUGUGGUACCAUUUGAAAGUUGAAAUUUCUAUUUUAUUCCCAUUUGAGUACAUUAUCAGCCAAAACAUGACACCCACCCUGUAUUCAAGAUCAUGCUGUGUCUCAACCGAUGGCGGGCACAACACAAACACCUCAGACAAUGUAAAAAAGGGUCUAAGCUAGAACAGAUGCGAAAAUGAAAAAAAUCGGAGUUUACGUGUUUUUAGAUAAUUGACAUUAAAGAAAAAAUAUAUAUACAGUUGAAGUCAGAAGUUUACAUACACUUAGGUUGGAGUCAUUAAAACUCGUUUUUCAACCACUCCACAAAUUUCUUGUUAACAAACUAUAGUUUUGGCAAGACUUUUAGGACAUCUACUUUGCAUGACACAAGUAAUUUUUCCAACAAUUGUUUACAGACAGAUUAUUUCACUUAUAAUUCACUGUAUCACAAUUCCAGUGGGUCAGAAGUUUACAUACACUAAGUUGACUGUGCCUUUAAACAGCUUGGAAAAUUCCAGAAAAUGAUGUCACUGCUUUAGAAGCUUCUGAUAGGCUAUUUGACGUCAUUUGAGUCAAUUGGAGGUGUACCUGUGGAUGUAUUUCAAGGCCUACCAUCAAACUCAGUGCCUCUUUGCUUGACAUCAUGGGAAAAUCAAAAGAAAUCAGCCAAGACCUCCAAAAAAAUUUUGUAGACCUCCACAAGUCUGGUUCACCCGUGGGAGCAAUUUCCAAACACCUGAAGGUACUACGUUCAUCUGUACAAACAAUAGUACGUAAGUAUAAACACCAUGGGACCACGCAGCCGUCAUACCGCUCAGGAAGGAGACGUGUUCUGUCUCCUAGAGAUGAACGUACUUUGGUGCGAAAAGUGCAAAUCAAUCCCAGAACAACAGCAAAGGACCUUGUGAAGAUGCUGGAGGAAACAGGUACAAAAGUGUCUAUAUCCACAGUAAAACGAGUCCUAUAUCAACAUAACCUGAAAGGCCGCUCAGCAAGGAAGAAGCCACUGCUCCAUAAAAAAAGCCAGACUACGGUUUGCAACUGCACAUGGGGACAAAGAUCUUACUUUUUGGAGAAAUGUCCUCUGGUCUGAUGAAACAAAAAUAGAACUGUUUGGCCAUAAUGACCAUUGUUAUGUUUGGAGGAAAAAGGGUGAGCUUGCAAGCCGAAGAACACCAUCCCAACUGUGAAGCACGGGGGUGGCAGCAUCAUGCUGUGGGGGUGCUUUGCUGCAGGAGGGACUGGUGCACUUCACUAAAUAGAUGGCAUCAUGAGGAAGGAAAAUUAAGUGGAUAUAUUGAAGCAACAUCUCAAGACAUCAGUCAGGAAGUUAAAGCUUGGUCGCAAAUGGGUCUUCCAAAUGGACAAUGACCCCAAGCAUACUUCCAAAGUUGUGCCAAAAUGGCUUAAGAACAACAAAGUCAAGAUAUUGGAGUGGCCAUCACAAAGCCCUGACCUCAAUCCUAUAGAAAAUGUGUGGGCAGAACUGAAAAAGCAUGUGCGAGCAAGGAGGCCGACAAACCUGACUCAGUUACACCAGCUCUGUCAGGAGUAAUGGGCCAAAAUUCACCCAACUUAUUGUGGGAAGCUUGUGGAAGGCUACCCAAAACGUUUGACCCAAGUUAAACAAUUUAAAGGCAAUGCUACCAAAUACUAAUUGAGUGUAUGUAAACUUCUGACCCACUGGGAAUGUGAUGAAAGAAAUAAAAGCUGAAAUAAAUCAUUCUCUCUACUAUUAUUCUGACAUUUCACAUUCUUAAAAUAAAGUGGUGAUCCUAACUGACCCAAGACAGGGAAUGUUUACUAGGAUUAAAUGUCAGGUAUUGUGAAAAACUGAGUUUAAAUGUAUUUGGAUAAGGUGUAUGUAAACUUCUGACUUCAACUCUAUUACAAAACAAAUAUCACUUUCUGACCACUUUUACCAAGGUCAAAUAUGUAAAGUUUCAUUUACAUCAAAAUGGGUGAAGUCAAAAAGUGUGUGUGGCUUGUCACAUUGUCAUGGGUGACAUGUCACAUUUAGUUGAAUUUAAAGACAUGCUGGGUGAUAGUAGGGACGUAAAGGGUUCAGGUGGGGCUGGACGAUAUAUCUAAUUAAUUAGAUUAAUUUAAAUUAAUUUUGUUGCGCGAUAUUCCAAUACCUGUAUCCCAAAUAACUGUAUUGCAAGAAUCAAGUUUUUUGUUUGUUUUUAUGAGCGUUUAUGUCCUUCUGCUUGUUCUCAUGUUGUCUUUUUGGUUUCGUCUCGUGCACCUUCCCAUUUACACCAGAGAUCUCUAUAUAAUGACGAGAUGCUCAUAUCUCUGCCCUAACAAUGGGAGUUGUUGUCCCAAAGGCAGGAAGGCAAGCGGCAAGCAGCAAGGGCCAUGUCGAGACUUGACAGUUCAUGCAGCUUUAGUAUUCUGAUCAUAGAGUUCUCAUCAUGGAAUUCCGAAUGCAUCAUGCAUCUACACCUACAUUUAAAUGUGUCUACCGUGUCCACAGUGUGUCCGGAUUCCCUUUUCUCGCUGUAUUCAAAUGACAGUAUGCAUUCUACAAAUGGUGGAAUAUGCUAAAUAUGAUAACACAACAACAACUGAUGGUAGUAGCUAACUACAGUAGCUAACUAGCCAGCUAACCCGUUUGCAACGCUAAAGGAAUUACAAACGGGUUAGCAUAACUAUAGCCAAACCAUUUUUUCCCCUUCUAAAUAUUAGCUAGCUGGCUAGCAUUUAUGAGGCCAGCAAACAUGUUCCUCACACGCUAAGAAACGUAUUUCCUCCAACGUUAUAAUGAAAAGGUGCCUCUCGGUCCCAAAACACAAGUUUUCUGGAGACUUGUGGGAGGAGUGCUGAUGACGGUAGCCUAAUUGCGUCGUGACUGAGGUGAAAUCCACAUACAAUGCAUCCCUGACCACCUCCUGAAGUGGUCAGCCAGAUCUGAACACAAUCAGACCACAAAGUGACUUUUGUGUGUUUAGACACGUAUUUUCAAUGCAAUCUUCUUUUUCUGAUAGCAGAAGUCACAUGUAAGUGUCAAGUGUAGACACGACCAAGUUUAGAUCUAAAAUAAGCCCAUAGAAACGCAUUGGGCUUAUUUUGGACACAUUUUGGCGUGAGUGAAAUCUCUCGCUUUGCCUCUUCCACUGUUUACACAUACACACACCAAGCCCCCCUGCCACUCACACAACAAAGAUGAGAGAUCAUGUCUUCCUCUCUGUCAAGUGGUUUCAACUAGCUAUUUGCAUUUGAGGUUUGGUCCAACAGAAUCUGUUAUAUGGACACCGAAACACAUUGAGACAUUCAUUUACUGUAAAGGAGAAGUUAACCUGUCUAACAAUACCCUUUUUAUGCCUCAACUGCACAAAUUGCGCACAGAACAGACACUACUAAAACGCUCUAGCAGCAUUUUAGCCAAAGACACUUAUACUAGCUGUCUAGUUUUAUAAAUGUGCAGAAAUCAUAAAACACAAUUAUUUCAUUCUCAUUCUGAGAAAUAAGGUAGGCUACUUGAUUUCAACAUCUGAACAAAGUAGACAGGGUCAGGCUAGCGUGCUGUUCAAACAGUUGGAGACGGACAGAAGGGUGUGUUCAUAUUAAUUCAACUGUUCUGCCUUGUUAGCUAGGAAAUAGAUCCAAGUUUGCUAACUUGAAAUAUAAAGAUUAGCUGGCUACUCACUAGCACGUGGGCUUGUGCUUGAGAGAAUGUUUAUGAGACCUGUGUUAAUUUUCUGUAAUGCCUGCUACAAGAAGUGAAUGUGCAUUAUGCAUGGUUCUGGUUAAAUUUCGAACAAAAAGGGCAUUUUCAUAGACAAACUUGAAAGCCAGAUCAGUGAUUAUUGCGAGAAAAAAACUGUUUUGAUAAAAUAAUUAAAUUGUUAGUGUGUUUUAUGGUUGUGGAUUAUAUUUAGCCUACGUAUAAUUUCACAAACCCUGAAUUCAUUAGAUUAUUGCUGACUGUUUGAAAUGCAGUGUAUUUGACCUUUAAUUGUACAACAAAGCUUAUUUAGAGAAAACAGUGAUGUAAAAAUAUCUCCAGUUUCCAUGUGGUAUUUGAGUUGUGGUAGUUUCAACAGCGCAUACAACCUGAUUUCCCGCCUAAUCAAUAUGAGUGAUUUAUUGCCACUUGUCAAAACAACAGGGUUUUUGUGUGCAGUUUACGAUAUGAUUACUAUUGUUGCACAUGUAUGUGUAGAUAGUGAAAACCUAAACAUAAAAUAUACUAUCACAAACUGUUUCUGCAUAUUGGUUAUUGAUUUGGACACGUUUAAACAGUGUUUUGACAUUGGCUAUUUAUCAAAAUGUCAACAGGAAGCAGUGACAGCAUAAUUUUCAACUAAAGUUUUAGGAAUAUAAAUGGAACUUUCAACAUUCAUUUCCAAUGGUAUUGUACAUAAUCAGGUAAAAACUUCUGAAUGAUUAAAAAAACAUGCUGUGAUUGAUAUAUUUUGAUGACAUACCAGAAAUCACCAAAACGGGUUUGCCCUGCCUAAUAAUAGCCUACUACUACAGCAUUGAAUCAAUCAUGUCACCUUGCUAGCUAGCUACAGUGAGGGGGAAAAGUAUUUGAUCCCCUGCUGAUUUUGUACCGUUGCCCACUGACAAAGACAUGAUCAGUCUAUAAUUUGAAUGGUAGGUUUAUUAGAAUAGUGAGAGACAGAAUAACAACAACAAAAUCAAGAAAAAUGCAUGUCAAAAAUGUUAUAAAUUGAUUUGCAUUUUAAUGAGGGAAAUAGGUAUUUGACCCCUCUGCAAAACAUGACUUAGUACUUUGUGGCAAAACCCUUGUUGGCAAUCACAGAGGUCAGACGUUUCUUGUAGUUGGCCACCAGGUUUGCACACAUCUCAGGAGGGAUUUUGUCCCACUCCUCUUUGCAGAUCUUCUCCAAGUCAUUAAGGUUUCGAGGCUGACGUUUGGCAACUGAAACCUUCAGCUCCCUCCAGAUUUUCUAUGGGAUUAAGGUCUGUAGACUGGCUAGGCCACUCCAGGACCUUAAUGUGCUUCUUCUUGAGCCACUCCUUUGUUGCCUUGGCCGUGUGUUUUGGGUAAUUGUCAUGCUGGAAUACCCAUCCACGACCCAUUUUCAAUGCCCUGGCUGAGGGAAGGAGGUUCUCACCCAAGAUUUGACGGUACAUGGCCCCGUCCAUCGUCCCUUUGAUGCGGUGAAGUUGUCCUGUCCCCUUAGCAGAAAUACACCCCCAAAGCAUAAUGUUUCCACCUCCAUGUUUGACGGUGGGGAUGGUGUUCUUGGGGUCAUAGGCAGCAUUCCUCCUCCUCCAAACACGGCGAGUUGAGUUGAUGCCAAAGAGCUCGAUUUUGGUCUCAUCUGACCACAACACUUUCAACCAAUUCUCCUCUGAAUCAUUCAGAUGUUCACUGGCAAACUUCAGACGGGCCUGUAUAUGUGCUUUCUUGAGCAGGGGGACCUUGCGGGCGCUGCAGGAUUUCAGUCCUUCACGGCGUAGUGUGUUACCAAUUGUUUUCUUGGUGACUAUGGUCCCAGCUGCCUUGAGAUAAUUGACAAGAUCCUCCCGUGUAGUUCUGGGCUGAUUCCUCACCGUUCUCAUGAUCAUUGCAACUCCACGAGGUGAGAUCUUGCAUGGAGCCCCAGGCAGAGCGAGAUUGACAGUUAUUUUGUGUUUCUUCCAUUUGCGAAUAAUCGCACCAACUGUUGUCACCUUCUCACCAAGCUGCUUGGCGAUGGUCUUGUAGCCCAUUCCAGCCUUGUGUAGGUCUACAAUCUUGUCCCUGACAUCCUUGGAGAGCUCUUUGGUCUUGGCCAUGGUGGAGAGUUUGGAAUCUGAUUGAUUGAUUGCUUCUGUGGACAGGUGUCUUUUAUACAGGUAACAAACUGAGAUUAGGAGCACUCCCUUUAAGAGUGUUACUUGUAUAAAAGACACCUGGGAGCCAGAAACCUUUCUGAUUGAGAGGGGGUCAAAUACUUAUUUCCCUCAUUUAAAAUGCAAAUCAAUGUAUAACAUUUUUGACAUGUGUUUUUCUUGAUUUUGUUGUUAUUCUGUCUCUCACUGUUCAAAUAAACCUACCAUUAAAAUUAUAGACUGAUCAUGUCUUUGUCAGUGGGCAAACGUACAAAAUCAGCAGGGGAUCAAAUACUUUUUUCCCCUCACUGUAGCUAGCUAGUCACUGAAAGGUGUUUCCACACAUCCCUCCCCAACUGAUCUGAUCCCACUUGUGAUUUCCAGGUACCAGGAAUGCCAUAUUGAACACAGAGGCCCGCACAGUGGAGGCGGAGGUGCUAAGCCGCCGCUGUGUCAUCAUGCGGCUAGUGGACUUCUCCUAUGAGAGAUACCAGAAAGCCCUGCGCCAGUCCGCUGGGGCUGUGGUCAUCAUACUCCCCAAGAAUAUGUCCACCAUGCCGCAGGACAUAGUACAGGUAAUAAUGCAUUAGAAUGCCUUAUGAGUGGGCUUAUGACCAUACAGCAAACUACCCUGGACGUCAAAUCAAGAGGCAAGGUCCUGAGUUGUUUUGAAAGCUAGAGCUCCUUUGGUGUUCUUGUAAAGUUUAUGUUACCCUCAAGGAAAACUGGCAGUCACAACACUCCCUCCUUAUCAGCAACACUUGAAAAAACAGACUUGCUGGAGUGAAGUAGGCCAAAGUGUCCAAAUGUUAUGCUGUUUCACAUUCACACUCUGUUGUCUUGUGAGUGAUAACCUGGCAUUCCUUAUUCCUCUACAUUGUAGCAGUUCAUGGAGCUGGAGCCAGAGAUGCUGGCCACAGAGACCAUUGUCCCGGUUUACUUUGCUCUGGAGGACGAUGAGCUGCUCUCCAUCUACACACAGACCCUCACCUCCUCCUCCUCCCAGGGGUCCUCCUCUGCAGCCGAAGGUGCAGGACAUUUACAAAUAUUGUGUUGAAAACUGUCGGUCGAAACGUUGUUAGAGGAAAUUCUUUUCUAGUGAAAUUCUUUCUAGGGAUUUAAUGACACCUUUUCCCCAUGUCUUCCCAGUGCUGAUCCACACGGCCACAGCUAAUGGCUUUCAGAUGGUGACGAGUGGGGCUCAGAGCAAGGCAGUGAGUGACUGGGCCAUCACCAGUCUAGAGGUGAGAAUCAUUAUGGUUAAACCAUUAUCCUUUAUCUGUUUAAUGAUUUAUGUAGUGCUGUGACAUUUAAUCCAAACAUUCAGACAUCUUAAGUUUCUGUUAAUGGGUUACCAGUAGACCAGUACCCACAUCUGUAGCUCAGCUGGUAGAGCACGGCGCUUGUAACGCCAAGGUAGUGGGUUCGAUCCCCGGGACCACCCAUACACAAAAAAAAAAAAAUGUAUGCACGCAUGACUGUAAGUCGCUUUGGAUAAAAGCGUCUGCUAAAUGGCAUAUCAUAUCAUAUCAUAUCAUUAACACACUGCUCACACUUAAGGUGUUAAGUGAUUUAGAAGCAAAUAACUUGAUCGUUUUCUUAUCCUUGUGUUUCAUUCUUGGGUCUAUAUGAUAUUCUAGAGUGUGUGUGUGUGUGUGUGUGUGUGUGUGUGCAUGUGAGUGUGUUGAACUAAGGUAGGUGUCAAACCCAGGGGAAUAAUGGCCUUAACCAUGUAGUUGGAGAUCAGUGGAUUUCAUGAGGCCUCAAGUGUUCCGCUCUACAUAAUGCAUACGGCCAUCGGUCAAUGGGCUUGUUUCACAUAAUGGGUUUCAGUUUAAGUCAUCGUGGUAGGUAUUCCAUGCCUGUCUUUAUUGAUGUCUUAAGUCUCAUACCCUUGGCUACAUUCUUUACUUUCAUAUAAGAUAACAGAAAAUGUAGUAUUUCGUAUUUUAUUCGGAUCCCCAUUAGCUGUUGCCAAACAUAACAUGAAACAUGACAUAACACAGAACAUUCAUGUAGUAGUAUAUUGUGUUUCGAGAUGUUAUAGAACUGAUAUAAAAUAUAAAUCCUAAUACAAUAUACUUUUGUCUAAUAACUGUCUCCCUGUCCUCUCCUAGGGGCGACUGGCUGGAACUGGAGGAGAGGACCUGCCCACCAUUGUCCUGGUGGCUCACUAUGACUCCUUUGGUGUCGCUCCGGUACGCCCAGCUCUCCCUUCAUAUACCUCAGUGUAUUCUAUAAUAUGCUAUAUUUAUAAUAUUCUUACUAUAUGAUAGUUAUCUUUAUUUAUGUUGCGGAAUUCUGCUCCACUAGAAGUGAAGAUGCUAAGUAAAUGUGUUGACUCUGUGUGACUUUGGUGUUGUUCUGUCCAGUGGCUGUCCUAUGGAGCAGACUCUAACGGUAGUGGGGUGUCUAUGCUGCUGGAGUUAGCCAGACUCUUCUCCAGACUCUACACCUACAAGAGGACACACGCUGGGUGAGCAACACACGUCACGUCGACAGCCCCUCAGAGAAAUCAGGCUUAUUACAAUGUUAUAACCAUCCACACGUUUCCUUUGGGAAAAUCACACUCCGCUUGUAAAACUCACAGAUCUUCCUGUGUUUACAAUGUACUUUGCUUUUAAGAGUCGAUUAGUUAUAGUAAUAGAGUAGAAAGGAUGUGGUUCUUUGAAGACGUUUGUCGAUUCCUAGUGGUCUAAGGCGCCGCAUCGCAGUGCUAACUGUGCCACUAGAGAUCCUGGUUCGAAUCCAGGCUCUGUCGCAGCCGGCCGUGACCGGGAGACUCAUGGGCGGCGCACAAUUGGCCCAGCGUCGUCCAGGGUAGGGGAGGGAAUGGCCGGCAGGGAUCUAGCUCAGUUGAUAGAGCAUGGCGUUUGCAACGCCAGGGUUGUGGGUUCGAUUCCCACGGGGGGCCAGUAUUUUAAAAAAUAUAUAUGUAUUCACUAACUGUAAGUCGCUCUGGAUAAGAGCGUCUGCUAAAUGACUAAAAUGUAAUGUAAAUGUGUACUCUGGAGUGUGAGUGCACUUUGAGACGAGGGGCUACAUUAGUGUAAAUGUGUUGGCGUAAUGGCACGCUGGCUGUUUUCCAUGGUGUUUGGUGAGCUCUAGUGUUGGCGUAUGCUCCAUACUGACCGAAUGAAAAUGCUAACAAGUAACCACUGCUAACUUUGCAUAUGGGCUGUUUGCAUAUCACUAGUAAAAAGGAACAAGACAGCAAGAAGCCCCUCCUACAUAGAGAGAGCAGGGGAGAAAGGGGCUGUCGUCAGGACGCAAAGUACAUGUCAGUGUUAUGUGUUGCAGAGAAAUUGCAGAUUACAUGACCUCUGAAUUCAGAGACACAUUUUAACUGACUGUAGCCUUUCCCCUAUGAUACUAUACAGUAUGUUUUGACAUUCACUUUCCCAACAUGUACAGUGCCUUCAGAAAGUGUUCACACCCCUUGACCUUUUCCAAAUGUUGUUGUGUUACAGCCUGAUUUUAAAAUGGAUUAAAUUGAGAUUUGAUUGUCACUGGCCUACACGCUAUACCCCAUAAUGUCAAAGUGGAAUUAUGUUUUUACCAAUUAAAAGCUGAAAUGUCUUGAGUCAGUAAGUAUUCAACCCCUUUGUUAUGGCAAGCCAAAAUAAGUUCAGGAGUAAAAAUGUGCUUAACAAGUCACAUAAUAAAUUGCAUGGACUCACUCUGUGCAAGAAUAGUAUUUAAUAUGAUUUUUGAAUGACUACCUCAUCUCUGUACCCCACACAUACAAUUAUCUAUAAGGUCUCUCAGUCGAGCAGUGCAUUUCAACCACAGAUUCAACCACAAAGACCAGGAAGGUUUUCCAAUGCCUUGCAAAGAAGGGAAGCUAUUGGUAGUUGGGUAAAAAAAAAAGCUGACAGUGAAUAUCUCUUUGAGCAUGUUGAAGUUAUUAAUUACACUUUGGAUGGUGUAUCAAUACACCCAGUCACUACAAAGAUACAGGCUUCCUUCCUAACUCAUUUGCCGGAGAGGAAGGAAACCGCUCAGGGGAUUUCACCAUGAAGCCUAUGGCUGUGAUAGGAGAAAACAACUGAGGAUGGAUCAACAACAUUGUAGUUACUACACAAUACUAACCUAAUUGACAGAGGGAAAAUAACAAAGCUUGUACAGAAUAAAAAUAUUCCAAAACAUUUACAUUUUACAUUUGAGUCAUUUAGCAGACGCUGUUUGCAACAAGGCACUAAAGUAAUACUGCAAAAAAUGUGGCAAAGCAAUUAACUUUUUGUCCUAACUACAACGUGUUUUGUUUUGGGAAAAUCCAAUACAACACAUUAAUGAGUACCACUCUCCGUAUGUAAUCGUUAAGGAUUGGGAGUUUUUCAGGAUAAAAAAUAAACGGAAUGGAGCUAAGCGCAGGCAAAAUCCUAGAGGAAAAUCUGGUUUAGUCUGCUUUCCACCAGACACUGGGAGAUUAAUUCACCUUUCAGCAGGACAAUAACAUAAAACACAAGGCCAAAUCUACACUGGAGUUGCUUACCAAGAAGAUAGUGAAUGUUCCUGAGUGGCCGAGUUACAGUUUUGAUUUAAAUCUAAUUGAAAAUCUAUGGCAAGACCUGAAAAUGAUUGUCUAGCAAUGAUCAACAACCAAUUUGACAGAGCUUGAAGAAUAAUGAGCAAAUGUUGCACAAUCCAGGUGUGGAAAGCUCUUAGAGACUUACCCAGAAAGACUCACAGCUGUAAUCGCUGCUAAAGGUGCUUCUAGAAAGUACUGACUCAGGGGUGUGGAUACUUAUGUAAAUUAGAUAUUUCUGUAUUUAAUUUUCAAUACAUUUGCUAAAAUUUCAAAUACAAAAUGUUUCACUUUGUCAUUAAUAAUAAUAAAUAAUAAUAAUAUGCCAUUUAGCAGACGCUUUUAUCCAAAGUGACUUACAGUCAUGCGUGCAUACAUUUUUGUGUAUGGGUGGUCCCGGGGUUCGAACCCACUACCUUGGCGUUACAAGCGCCGUGCUCUACCAGCUGAGCUACAGAGGACCAUUAUGGGGUACUGUGUGUAGAUGGGUGAGAAAAAACAUAUAUUUAAUCCAUUUAGAAUUCAGGCUGUAACACAACAAAAUGUGGAAUAAGUCAAGGGGUAUGAAUACUUUCUGAAGGCACUGUAGCUACCAGACUCUGUAGAACUGUUCAAAUCUGUUGACCUAAUGGAGGCCAGAGAACAUCCACAUUGAUAAGAAUGUCCUCUCCUGUCAUUUCUAACACACCUACUGUCUUCUUAGGUACAACCUGCUUUUCUUUGUCUCUGGGGGAGGGAAGUUCAACUACCAAGGCACCAAACGCUGGCUGGAGGACAACCUGGAUCAUACAGGUACACUAAGCUCACAUGAUAACGCUGUAGACUCAGUUACAGGAUGGCUAUUAUGACUGCUACAGUGGAACACAUAAUCACAUCUGUACAAUACAUACUGGAAAUGAAAGGGAAUGAAACAUGAUACCGGCCACAAGUGUCAUUAAAUGGAGGUCAUGUGUGCGAAACAAUGGGCAUGCAUGAUAUUUGGGAAAUUGAUAUUUGCAUAGAUAUCGCAGUGUAAACAGUCUCUGUCUUCCUCUCUCCCUUUAUCUAUCCUUUCCUCCCUCUCUCUGCAGACUCCAGUCUGUUGCAGGACAAUGUGGCGUUUGUGUUGUGUCUGGACACGCUGGGGAACGGAGACGGUCUGCACCUUCACGUGUCCAAACCCCCUAAAGAGGGAACCGCUCAGUACGCCCUGCUCAAAGAGGUGGAGACUGUAAGGACCACCACAUCACACCAACCACAUAAAAAUUAUUUUUAUAUAUUUAGAUAGUUUAAGUUAAUAUGAUAUACAUAAUAUAUAUAUAUAUAUAUUGAUAUAUGUUGAUCACGCAUAGCACAUUAUAUGUACACCCAAAGUUCCCUACUGUAAGUUUUUCUGACCUUUAACCUCUGACCCCCUCUGUCACCCCCAGGUGGCAUCCAGCCAGUACCCAGAGGUCAAGUUCUCAAUGGUGCAUAAGAAGAUAAACCUGGCGGACGACACACUGGCGUGGGAGCACGAGCGCUUCGGGAUCCGCCGGCUGCCGGCCUUCACGCUGUCCCACCUCAACAGCCAUCGCGAGGCGCAGCGCUCCAGCAUUAUGGACGUGCGGUCAGUGUCCCCCUCUUCUCAACAUGGAGCGGGAGAGCCACCUGCUGGGUGGGUUUAUUACUGCUGUCCGACCAAGAGACCCCCCCCCAUCCACAAGCCCCAACCCCUGCCUAGGCCCAGCUCACCUAUCACACCUCAUUCAUGUAAUCAACUGCCCAUUAGGAUCUUUUGAAUCAGGUGUGUACGUGCUAGGCUAGAACAAAAGCUUGCACACAUUGCUGUCCCUCCUGGACCGUAUUGCCCACACCCCUGCCUUGUAGUGCCCUGUAGCUCAGUUGGUAGAGCAUGGCGCUUGCAACGCCAGGGUUGUGGGUUCGUUUCCCACGGGGUAUGAAAAAUGUAUGCACUCACUAACUGUAAGUCGCUCUGGAUAAGAGCGUCUGCUAAAUGACAAAAAUGUAAAAUGUUGUAGAUGUGGGACUUUUGUAGAUCUGUCUCACAGCAAGGUGGAGCUAUUACCAUGUUGCUUAAAAUCUGAUAAAGGGAGGUUGCUAGCCGGUGUAUGAACUGAUACUAAUACUGUGUUACUUUUAUUGCUAGCAGUCCCUCAAGAACAUGGGCACAUGGCUUGCCGGCACCUGGAAUAAAAAAACUUUGAAAAACGCUGGGCUACCGGGUUGAUUUGGGAUUGGGCACCUUCAUCCCACUGUACUGAACUGUCUGUCCUCCAAACAUCAUCACUGCCACCUCCCCUCCACCCCACCUCCCCACCCAGUGGAGUGGACUGUCUGUGCUCCCCACAUUCUCCAUCAGUGUGUUUUCAGAGUUGAGCUGCUCUUGAUUGCUGGGUAAUUUUAACUGUGAAUUGAACUGUGAUUUACUGUUACAGACCUCAUGUGGAUCUGAGAAAGCUCAGCAGGAACACGAAGCUGAUUGCAGAGUCACUGGCCAGAGUCAUCUACAACCUCACAGAGAAGGUAAAGAUAUGUAGAACAAUAUUGAAAGCCAUAUAAUUCAAGUCAAUGUUUUUCAUGUUGCUUUUGAUAUCUAUACUGAAUAAAAACAUGCAACAAUUUCAAAGAUUUUAUUUAAUCACAGUUCAUAUAAGGAAAUCAGUCAAUCAUUAGGCCCUAAUCUAUGGAUUUCACAUGAUUGGGCAGGGGUGCAGCCUUGGAAGGCAUAGGCCCACCCACUUGGCAGCCAGCCAAUCAGAAUGAGUUUUUCCCCACAAAAGGGCUUUAUUACAGACAGAACUACCCCACAGCACCCCCCCCCCCCCCCCCCCCCCCCCCCCCCCCCCCCCCCUCAGAUGAUCCCGCAGGUGAAGCAGCUGGAUGUGGAGGUCCGGGGUCUGCUGCAGUUGUGAGGCCAGUUGGACGUACUGCCUAAUUCUCUAAAACGACGUUGGAGGCAGCUUAUGGUAGAGAAAUGAACAUUCAAUUAUCUGGCAACAACUCUGUUGGACAUUCCUGCAGUCAGAAUGCCGAUUGCACGCUCCCUCAAAACUUGAGACAUCUGUGGCAUUGGGUUGUGUGACAAAACUGCACAUUUUUAAAGUGUACUUUUAUUGUCCCCAGCACAAGGUGCACCUGUGUAAUGAUCAUGCUGUUUAAUCAGCUUCUUGAUAUGCCACACCUGUCAGGUGGAUUAUCUUGGCAAAGGAGAAAGGCUCACUAACAGGGAUGUAAACAAAUAUAUGUGCACAACAUUUGAGAGAAAUAAGCUUUUUGUGCGUAUGGAACAUUUCUGUGAUCUUUUAUUUCAUCUCAUGAAGCAUGGGACCAACACUUUACAUGUUGCAUUUAUAUUUUUGUUCAGUGUGGGUUGCCCUUUGUACUGUACAGCAGGUUUGACUUCUCUCUCGCUCUCUCUCUCUCGUGUGUGCGUGUGUCCAGGGUGCCCCAGGUGACCUGCAGAUUUUCACUGAGCAAAUGGUGAGUGGUUGAACGUGGCUUAACCAUACUGUCCCCUCCCUUUGAGGCUGUCUCUGACAUGACCUUUACCAAUACUUUUUGAAGGCUGCUAUACACACCAGGACUUUGACCUGAGGCUUGGCCUGAGUAGGGGGCAACCAGUGGACCCCUUAGGCUAGUGUUUGUGUGGUGUGUAGCUGUGUUAUAGUCAGGGUCACGAUGUGUGCGUGUGUGUGCUUAACAAGACAAGUGUGUAUCAAGGUGUGUACUAUAAGGCCACUGACUAUGAGUCUGUGUAUUUGUGUGUCCGUGUGUGUGUUGCCUGCACGGCCAGCAGAUGCAGGAGGAGCAGCUGUCGUCGGUGGUGGACUGGCUGACAGCCCAGCCGCGGGCCGCCCAGCUGGUGGACAAGGACAGCAGCGUGGUCAGCACCCUGGAGUACCACCUGGGAUGCUACCUGAAGGACGUCCGCAGGCACUACGUCAAGGCUGACAAGAGGUGACCAGUCACUGACCACUGCGCUACGGCUAAUACAGGGUGUCAAUGGUCCUCUUGACUGGUCACAGCUAGUGGUUCUGCCGUGUUUUCCUUGAAGGAAUCAAAGAACUACUAAGACCGCUCAUAGUGGUAAAAAACAGUGACAGAAUCACUCCAUUAUUGUAGAAGAUCAUUUGUAAGGAUCAAAUAGUAAAUAUUUCUAUUUACUGUUGUUCAUUGAACCAAUGAACAUUAUGGUUUAGAAAUGGAUGAUGUUGCCGUGACAAAUGCAAUAUUUUUUCUCUCCCUCAGAGACCCAGAGUUUGUCUUCUACGAUCAGCUCAAACAGACCAUGAAUGCUUACAGGUAGAGGUGAUGGCUGCCUGCUGUAUUUAGCCCUCAGAGUGCUGAGCUUUAGUGCAAUAGAGCAAACGCCUAUUGACUUUCACUUCAAACCUCUUCAGCUUGCUUUUGUGUCUGUGUUUUUUCCCUUUUACACUCUUGUCAUUUUAUACACCCACUUUCCUAACAGGGUGAAACCAGCCAUCUUUGACCUGCUUCUGGCAUUCUGCAUCGCAGCCUACCUCGGAGUGAUAUAUCUGGCCAUCCAGGUAUAUAUUGAUCCAACAUCGCCAUUCUGAUGGCUACUAAUGUUAUUUUGAUGUAUGGUCAUUAAUCUGUUGACCUAGCCUCCCCCUGUAACUCCUAACCCGGUCAUUGCUGUAAAUCAUAUGAAUGCUGUCUUCUCAGUCGGCUUACCUGGUUAUUCAAGGGGUUAAGUUAUGGGAACAUACGUUUUUGGUUUCCCAUUGGUUCUAGGAACGAAGCCAUACGUUUCCUGACAUUUGGCUGUUCUGGGAACGUUACUUUUUAGGUUGCAGGGAGGUUCUGAGAAUGUUUUACUAUGGUUCUCUGAAUGUUUUCCUGGGAUGUUUUAUUAAUGUUCUGAGAACGGAAAUUAUAAGUAAUUAAAUAACGUAAGACUUUUAAUAACACUGCUAGCUUAUUUUGGUUUAAUUGAACUCCAAGCACAGAUAGGACACAUGGAAAUUAAUUUGCUUAGGCAUUAAUCAUGCAAACACAUUUAUUUUUGUGGCAUGGCUUCAGGGAGAUUUGAACCUAUGAUCUUCUGUUUCCUAUCCACGGAGUUAGUCCACUACGCCACCAAGAUGGAGCUAGCAUGCCAAGGUUUUUUACUCAUCCAAAGCUGUUCAUUUUAGUCUAUUUAAACAAACCCACUUCAAAGGAAACAAGCACUCAUUAAGAUCAGGUGUGGCCAAUUUGUGGGCGCGGCCAAAACACUUGAACACACUUUACAAGAUAGAGGAUAGAGAGGUUUGUUGACACUGAGAACGGAAUGUAUGUUCUUAAAUAACAUUCUUAGAACGUUCUUUUGAACGUUACUUAUGUUUUCUUGUGUUUUUUAUGUAAAGUUUUCUUAAUGAUCUGAAAACAUGACUUUAAAUAGAACCAUGAGGAAACCUGUAUAAAACAUUUAUGCUGAAGUACUGAAAUUCCCACAGAAGAACGUUGUUUCUUAACGUUCUCUGAACAAUUUGAGAACAUAACUUUAAAUAGAACCAUGAGGAAACCUGUAUCAACUCCUGAGUGGCGCAGUGGUCUAAGGCACUGCAUCGCAGGCUGUGCCACUAGAGAUCCUGGUUAGAGUCCAGGCUCUGUCGCAGCCGGCCGCGACCGGGAGACCCAUGGGCGGCGCACAAUUGGUCCAGCGUCAUCCAAGGUAGGGGAGGGUUUGGCCGGCAGGGAUGUGGGUUCGUUUCCCACGGGGGGCCAGUAUAAAAAAAAAAAAAAAAACAUGUAUCCAUUCACUAACUGUAAGUCGCUCUGGAUAAGAGUGUCUGCUAAAUUACUAAAAUGUAAAUGUAAAAUGUUAUGCUGAAGUAUUGAAAUUCCCACCUAAGAAACAUAUGGUUCUCAGAACGUUAUGUGCUAGCUAGGUAUCCUGCACCAUUCCCAGAAGGUUGUGGAAAGGUUGUAUGCAAAAUAACCAUAGGACAACUCUGCUCUAAGAAACAUAUGGUUCUCAGAACAUUAUGUGCUAGCUGGGUAAUGUCUUUCUCACUUUUUUCUCUCUCUUCAGCACUUUGUGGUUCUCUACAGUGUGGUGCGCAGAAUCACAGCGCCCAAGACCAAGCAGCAUUAAGCCCCUCUUCUUCCUCUCAUUCAGACUCCUCCCCUCCGACGAGCUCUAGCCAAUAACAAAACGGGGGCGGACCAAGCAGCUCUUUUUUUUUUUUACCCCAUCUAUCGCCUUUGUUCUUCUUUGGAAAUGAAACGUGUUGAAUAAUUUCUCUCUGCCAAGAUUAGCCAUCUAGUCGAUUCCUUCAAUAGCUGUCAAGUCAGAAUGCACUCUGGUCUUCCUGUCCUCCUGAAAUCAGAUGUCAAACGUUACCUCGUACGCCCAAUCCCACAUCAACUCCUAGUCCCUAACCCCUAUUUUCCCCUAUGAUCUGAGAGAAUUUGAUAGGUGUAAGCAAUAUGGUAAUAGCAUUACCUUGUGCUCAGGUAGGCUAGGUUACAUUUUCACCAGUUUGCUUACACCUAUCCAAUCCUCUCCACAAGUGCAUAAGGAGUAGGUACUAGAGGUUGAUAUGGGAUUGGGCAUUUCUAUACCCACAGCUCACUCCUCAGUGCCCUAUAGUGUGAAUUUUGCCAAACUACAAUGGGGUCGUCUUCUUGGGCAGCUAUGGAGUAGCAUGACUGUGCAGGAGUAGCAGUGAGACUCUGUAAUAUUGUUUGGAUGGAUGGUUGAUAUAUUUGGUCACCCUGACUAGAUUAAUUUUUCUAUAUGAUUUAUUUUUCUCUAACCCCAAUUUGUUUUUUAAGAAAUAGUCUAAAUUAAAUGUUGAAUAGUGUGUAGAUGACAUGACCGAUGGCCUUGUUGACUGAACUAAUUAAAUACAGUGCCUUCAGAAAGUAUUCAUACCCCUUGACUUAU